AUAACUUGCAAAAUAAUUAUAAUACAUAAAAAUAAGUCCUUAGUGUAUAUUUUAAUUUUAUGCAGUUUUUCUUGAUUUAUUGAUGAUUUCUGAAACUAUUUAUAUAUUUAGCUAUUUUAAGCCAUGCGUGUAAUGGAACGUGACAUAUUAUUGUAAAAUUGUAAACAUUGAAUCCACAUAUUUUAUAACCUAAUAUUUGUGUGCUAUAGAGUAUUUUCGUCCAUUUAUUGCUUACAAAUAGUAUUAAUAAGAUUAUUAGAAAUAUGUGAAAAUAGCAACUAUAUCAGUUUUUUAUACAAAAAUGUCCCAUCAACUUGGCCGAGUGGUGUCGGUAAUUCUUCAUCGGUAUUUCGGUGAAAUUGUACAAUGUGUUGGUGACGAUUUGUUCACUUAUGGAAGUAAACCUAUUGGAUUGAUUGUGAAGUCCACAGGGUUGCCUAGAUCUCAGGUAGUAGAAUGUCUCCGCACCCUGCUCAAGUAUGAUUUGGCCAGUUUUGAGGCAUCUAAUAAUGUUUUAAUAGCAGACUACAAACUUUUACCUGAUAAUGUGUUGCUACUCAUCAGAUAUCCAAGGUAUUUAUUACAAAUGAAAAGUAAAUAUGGAACAGAAGCAGAGCUUUUAGUAGAAGAAUUGCUCCAAGAAGGAAGUUGCACAGCUACUGUGCUACUAGUCUCCAUUGCUCUUAAAUAUAAAGAUGAUAAAGAAAAAAACAUAAACAUAGUGAAACUGAAAGACACAUUUGUCAGCCUGGCUACAGCUGGGUACAUACAACAGGCCCCUGUGGCAGAAUUGAAAGAAGGCAGCGAGGUGCCUACACUUGUGCCAGUGGCCACAAUAGUACCAGACUUGGAUGUCAGGGUGCUCAUGCAGGUGUUCAACUCGGGGAGUUUAGCUGAUGUCAAAGACAACGUGUAUUGGAAAGUGAAUUAUGACAGAUUUCAUCAAGAUUUUAGAGACGAAAUAAUGAUCAAAGCAAUGACAAGGCGGAUUGAUGAAAAUGCGGGCGAGCUGAUGCGUCUGCUGCUGGAGCAGAUGUACCUGUCGUCGGCGGCGUGGGCGGGCGAGGGCGGGCCCGCCGCCGCGCACGAACUGCGCACGCGCGCCCGCGACCGACCCGCGCUGCACACCUACCUCGACCAGUACCUCAAGGUGCUGGAGGAGAGCGGGUGCGGGUUCGUGCGGCGCGCGGGGGACGCGGCGGGGGGGCAGUACUGCGUGCGCGCGCGAGUGGCGAGUCAGCAGCUCGCCUGCGCCGCGCUCGACCACCUCGUCACCGAGCGGCUCGGCUCCAAGGCCGCCAGGAUAUUCAGAUUAAUAAGAGAAAAGAAGUACAUAGAAGAGGAUGAUAUACAGAAACACGCCAUGUUAGUGAACAAGGAAUGCAAGGAGCUCACUUACAAGUUGUUAGAGGAACAUUUUAUAAGUAUACAGCCGAUGAGGAAGGCAGCGUCGGCGGGCGGCAUGGCGAAAGCGAUCUACUUAUACCACGUGAAUAUGCACGAGGUGACGCAGACGGCGCAGCAGAUGUGUUACCGCGCGCUGCACAACGCGGUGCGGCGCGGCGCACACGAGCGGAGCCGCCGCGCCAGGCUCGUCGACAAGCAGCGCCGCGUGCGCACCAUCGUGCACGGCAUGCGCCUGCGCGGCGAGCCGCAGCAACGCAUCGACGACGUGCGUACUCGCUGCACUACACAUUACACUCAACCUCACUCGUCGACAAGCAGCGCCGCGUGCGCACCAUCGUGCACGGCAUGCGCCUGCGCGGCGAGCCGCAGCAACGCAUCGACGACGUGCGUACUCGCUGCACUACACAUUACACUCAACCUCACUCGUCGACAAGCAGCGCCGCGUGCGCACCAUCGUGCACGGCAUGCGCCUGCGCGGCGAGCCGCAGCAACGCAUCGACGACGUGCGUACUCGCUGCACUACACAUUACACUCAACCUCACUCGUCGACAAGCAGCGCCGCGUGCGCACCAUCGUGCACGGCAUGCGCCUGCGCGGCGAGCCGCAGCAACGCAUCGACGACGUGCGUACUCGCUGCACUACACAUUACACUCAACCUCACUCGUCGACAAGCAGCGCCGCGUGCGCACCAUCGUGCACGGCAUGCGCCUGCGCGGCGAGCCGCAGCAACGCAUCGACGACGUGCGUACUCGCUGCACUACACAUUACACUCAACCUCACUCGUCGACAAGCAGCGCCGCGUGCGCACCAUCGUGCACGGCAUGCGCCUGCGCGGCGAGCCGCAGCAACGCAUCGACGACGUGCGUACUCGCUGCACUACACAUUACACUCAACCUCACUCGUCGACAAGCAGCGCCGCGUGCGCACCAUCGUGCACGGCAUGCGCCUGCGCGGCGAGCCGCAGCAACGCAUCGACGACGUGCGUACUCGCUGCACUACACAUUACACUCAACCUCACUCGUCGACAAGCAGCGCCGCGUGCGCACCAUCGUGCACGGCAUGCGCCUGCGCGGCGAGCCGCAGCAACGCAUCGACGACGUGCGUACUCGCUGCACUACACAUUACACUCAACCUCACUCGUCGACAAGCAGCGCCGCGUGCGCACCAUCGUGCACGGCAUGCGCCUGCGCGGCGAGCCGCAGCAACGCAUCGACGACGUGCGUACUCGCUGCACUACACAUUACACUCAACCUCACUCGUCGACAAGCAGCGCCGCGUGCGCACCAUCGUGCACGGCAUGCGCCUGCGCGGCGAGCCGCAGCAACGCAUCGACGACGUGCGUACUCGCUGCACUACACAUUACACUCAACCUCACUCGUCGACAAGCAGCGCCGCGUGCGCACCAUCGUGCACGGCAUGCGCCUGCGCGGCGAGCCGCAGCAACGCAUCGACGACGUGCGUACUCGCUGCACUACACAUUACACUCAACCUCACUCGUCGACAAGCAGCGCCGCGUGCGCACCAUCGUGCACGGCAUGCGCCUGCGCGGCGAGCCGCAGCAACGCAUCGACGACGUGCGUACUCGCUGCACUACACAUUACACUCAACCUCACUCGUCGACAAGCAGCGCCGCGUGCGCACCAUCGUGCACGGCAUGCGCCUGCGCGGCGAGCCGCAGCAACGCAUCGACGACGUGCGUACUCGCUGCACUACACAUUACACUCAACCUCACUCGUCGACAAGCAGCGCCGCGUGCGCACCAUCGUGCACGGCAUGCGCCUGCGCGGCGAGCCGCAGCAACGCAUCGACGACGUGCGUACUCGCUGCACUACACAUUACACUCAACCUCACUCGUCGACAAGCAGCGCCGCGUGCGCACCAUCGUGCACGGCAUGCGCCUGCGCGGCGAGCCGCAGCAACGCAUCGACGACGUGCGUACUCGCUGCACUACACAUUACACUCAACCUCACUCGUCGACAAGCAGCGCCGCGUGCGCACCAUCGUGCACGGCAUGCGCCUGCGCGGCGAGCCGCAGCAACGCAUCGACGACGUGCGUACUCGCUGCACUACACAUUACACUCAACCUCACUCGUCGACAAGCAGCGCCGCGUGCGCACCAUCGUGCACGGCAUGCGCCUGCGCGGCGAGCCGCAGCAACGCAUCGACGACGUGCGUACUCGCUGCACUACACAUUACACUCAACCUCACUCGUCGACAAGCAGCGCCGCGUGCGCACCAUCGUGCACGGCAUGCGCCUGCGCGGCGAGCCGCAGCAACGCAUCGACGACGUGCGUACUCGCUGCACUACACAUUACACUCAACCUCACUCGUCGACAAGCAGCGCCGCGUGCGCACCAUCGUGCACGGCAUGCGCCUGCGCGGCGAGCCGCAGCAACGCAUCGACGACGUGCGUACUCGCUGCACUACACAUUACACUCAACCUCACUCGUCGACAAGCAGCGCCGCGUGCGCACCAUCGUGCACGGCAUGCGCCUGCGCGGCGAGCCGCAGCAACGCAUCGACGACGUGCGUACUCGCUGCACUACACAUUACAUUCAACCUCACUCGUCGACAAGCAGCGCCGCGUGCGCACCAUCGUGCACGGCAUGCGCCUGCGCGGCGAGCCGCAGCAACGCAUCGACGACGUGCGUACUCGCUGCACUACACAUUACACUCAACCUCACUCGUCGACAAGCAGCGCCGCGUGCGCACCAUCGUGCACGGCAUGCGCCUGCGCGGCGAGCCGCAGCAACGCAUCGACGACGUGCGUACUCGCUGCACUACACAUUACACUCAACCUCACUCGUCGACAAGCAGCGCCGCGUGCGCACCAUCGUGCACGGCAUGCGCCUGCGCGGCGAGCCGCAGCAACGCAUCGACGACGUGCGUACUCGCUGCACUACACAUUACACUCAACCUCACUCGUCGACAAGCAGCGCCGCGUGCGCACCAUCGUGCACGGCAUGCGCCUGCGCGGCGAGCCGCAGCAACGCAUCGACGACGUGCGUACUCGCUGCACUACACAUUACACUCAACCUCACUCGUCGACAAGCAGCGCCGCGUGCGCACCAUCGUGCACGGCAUGCGCCUGCGCGGCGAGCCGCAGCAACGCAUCGACGACGUGCGUACUCGCUGCACUACACAUUACACUCAACCUCACUCGUCGACAAGCAGCGCCGCGUGCGCACCAUCGUGCACGGCAUGCGCCUGCGCGGCGAGCCGCAGCAACGCAUCGACGACGUGCGUACUCGCUGCACUACACAUUACACUCAACCUCACUCGUCGACAAGCAGCGCCGCGUGCGCACCAUCGUGCACGGCAUGCGCCUGCGCGGCGAGCCGCAGCAACGCAUCGACGACGUGCGUACUCGCUGCACUACACAUUACACUCAACCUCACUCGUCGACAAGCAGCGCCGCGUGCGCACCAUCGUGCACGGCAUGCGCCUGCGCGGCGAGCCGCAGCAACGCAUCGACGACGUGCGUACUCGCUGCACUACACAUUACACUCAACCUCACUCGUCGACAAGCAGCGCCGCGUGCGCACCAUCGUGCACGGCAUGCGCCUGCGCGGCGAGCCGCAGCAACGCAUCGACGACGUGCGUACUCGCUGCACUACACAUUACACUCAACCUCACUCGUCGACAAGCAGCGCCGCGUGCGCACCAUCGUGCACGGCAUGCGCCUGCGCGGCGAGCCGCAGCAACGCAUCGACGACGUGCGUACUCGCUGCACUACACAUUACACUCAACCUCACUCGUCGACAAGCAGCGCCGCGUGCGCACCAUCGUGCACGGCAUGCGCCUGCGCGGCGAGCCGCAGCAACGCAUCGACGACGUGCGUACUCGCUGCACUACACAUUACACUCAACCUCACUCGUCGACAAGCAGCGCCGCGUGCGCACCAUCGUGCACGGCAUGCGCCUGCGCGGCGAGCCGCAGCAACGCAUCGACGACGUGCGUACUCGCUGCACUACACAUUACACUCAACCUCACUCGUCGACAAGCAGCGCCGCGUGCGCACCAUCGUGCACGGCAUGCGCCUGCGCGGCGAGCCGCAGCAACGCAUCGACGACGUGCGUACUCGCUGCACUACACAUUACACUCAACCUCACUCGUCGACAAGCAGCGCCGCGUGCGCACCAUCGUGCACGGCAUGCGCCUGCGCGGCGAGCCGCAGCAACGCAUCGACGACGUGCGUACUCGCUGCACUACACAUUACACUCAACCUCACUCGUCGACAAGCAGCGCCGCGUGCGCACCAUCGUGCACGGCAUGCGCCUGCGCGGCGAGCCGCAGCAACGCAUCGACGACGUGCGUACUCGCUGCACUACACAUUACACUCAAUCUCGCCCUUACACACGCGUAUUAUUAACACAUGUUCUGAAACUAUUCUCAAAAACCGUUAAUUGGUUUUAAAAUUACUUUAUUCAUAAUCACAGAAAACUAAUAUUAUCUUUUUUACAUUAUGUCUUUGUUCUGAGCUGUGACAUGAAAUAUAAUAAAGAUAACAUUAAAGGAAGCAAAUAAUGUUAUUUUUUGAGUAAGGAACAAUAUUUCGAAUAUCUCUUAGUUUCCCCACCCAAACUAGUAUUGACCGCAUUGAAUGAAGAGUGUU